GGGAAGGGACGCUUGACAGACUUCUGCAAAACAAGGAUUUUUUAAAAAUUAUUAUUAUUUGAGGAUUUUGUUUCCUUCCCCCCCCCCGGGAAUCACCUCUCUGCCGGAUGAGAGCAGCCGGUUCCGAGGCGCGCCAUGUCCCUCUGGCGGACCCGAGCGGACCAUGACGCUAUGGCAUAGCCUGACCACUUGUUUGAUCGUGCUGGGAGCCGCGCGGGCCCGCCCGGGGCCCCCUGGGGUGCUCGUCUCGGGAGAGGAGAGGCCCCUGGAGACCCCUCCGAUCCGGAUCCGCCUGUCAGUCACCUCGCGGGGCUUCAGCGGGAGCCGGGAGGAUGCGGACCACCCGGGAAACGCAUACUUCGCGGAGGAACACAUCCCGGCCGACUUCCGCCGGGCGGCGGACUUGAUCAAGGCGACCGUCGGCAGAAUCCGAGGUUCGCCCACCGAGUCCGGGCGCAACCGCGGCAUCAGGUCUCAGCCCAGGCGCGAGAGGACGACCGGGUCGAGCCAGAGGAGGGGGCGCCCGGUCGCGAGGGGACGGAAGGCGGGCGGCGGGCGGGCCCCGGGCUGCGCGCUCCUGCAGGUCCGGCUCAACGUGACCGACCUGGGUUUGGGCUACCUCUCGGGCGAGGAGAUGAUCUUCAGGUACUGCGCGGGACCCUGCAGGAAGUCGGAGACCAACUACGACAAGAUCCUCCGACACCUGGCCCGACGCGGGAGGCUGCCCGCCAAGGACGCGCCGCCGCAGCCGUGUUGCCGCCCGGUGGCGUUCGACGACAACCUCUCCUUCCUGGACGACAACCUGGUCUACCACACGCUCCGGAAACACUCGGCCAGGAAGUGCGCUUGCGUGUGAGCGACUGAAAGCCGUUGACUUUGACACGUUUAUGUCGCUGUCUGAUGAAAAGCAAGUAUAGUAUCUCCAAAUUUCACGACUAGUUUCUCGUGAAUUCAAAAAAAAAACUGAAGAAUUCUCGAAGGGUGGAACCCAUCCACAGUACCGUAUGUCCAAAAUCGUCAUUGGGGUUUAAGCCAAGGGAAAAUACGAU